AUGAGCACUCCUAUCGAAUCCGACAUGAAAACAUCUCACGGGCUCAGUCCCAGUGCGUUGGCUGCAAGAGGGGAAGAAAUUACUGGUCUUACCAUCUAUCAAGAUACAAGCGACGAUAUAACAAUGAAAAGAGUUCAAGAGCUCAUGUCGGAGAUGAACAAUGACUUGCCUGAUGGAGGCGCAGAUUUUAUCUUUGGGAAGAAGGAAACUCAACGUCUACGUCUGUGGAAGCCCACAUCGACAACCUCCAACUCACCAAUCAUCGUAUUCGUCCAUGGCGGAAGCUGGACGAUUGGGACAUAUCUCGACUCCAUUGGUUCAGCAAAAGUCAAGUACCUGAAUGAUCUAGGCUAUGCUUUUGCAUCGAUCGACUACACAUUGAUUCCCACCGUUACUGUCCAAGAACAAGUGCAGGAGGUUGCCGACGCAGUGGCAUAUCUCGCCAACAAUGGCGUGAAUCUUGGAAUCGAUGGCACGCGUGUGAUCUUGAUGGGUCACAGUUCUGGUGCUCAUGUCGUCAGCUUAAUCGGCACUGAUCCAAGUUACGCACGCAACGCUGGGUUCGAAAUGGAUAUCCUGAAAGGCGUCAUUGCACUAGAUGGAUCAAACUACAACGCAGCUGCUUCCAUCGCGGACAAUACAGGCUCGAUAGUCAGCAACAUGCUCUCGGGUCUUGGCAGCGACCCACAACACCUGGAUACCAUGUCGCCCACACUUCAUUCAUCUUUGCCAAACGCCCGGGCAUUUCUGCUGCUUCAUGUUCAGCGAAAAGGUGAUAUUAGACAGGCGGUUGAGCUUUCGGCUGUGCUCAAGGCGGCGGGUACCAGGGUUGAUCUGCAUGUUUUCGAGGGAGAGGGAUUUGAAGGACAUGUUGCGAUGCUUUUGAGACUUGGGGAAGAACAAUAUCCCGCGACGAAAGUUUUGCAGAGGUGGCUGAAGAGGCAUAUCCCUGUUUAA